AUGGUGCUGAAGUUCUCCCACGUGAGCCGAAGUACGGUUCGAGAUGCUACGAAGACCCACAUCUUGCCAGAGCUUGAGUUCGGAAUCCUCAAGGAGUUUGCUGCCGACCUCAAGCUCGGACCGCAGGAGCGGAGAUUUCUGAUGGACAUGUUCAUCGACAACCUCCUAGCCGUCGAGGAGCACAUGAAGCUGGAGGUCACGGUCCGAUCACUGUGUCAUUCUCGAGGUGUCACUGCCGACUACUUGAACUUCUCGGAGCGGUUUAAGAUGAAGAAGUGCCUGCUGAUGAUCGGAGACGUUGGGAACGUGGAAGCUCACUGGUCUCAACUGAUCCAGCCGGCCGUGUACUUUUACCAGCACGAGUACAACGUCAUCAUCAUUGAUACACCAUCUCUGGGAAGCAGUCAGCAUCGCUGGAUACAGUAUGGUCCUGCGAUCAUUCGCGGAACGCUGCAGUACUUGGAGGUUGCGCAGGUCAGCGUGUUUUCGAUGGGCCUUGGGUGCUGCUUGUUCCUGCAGAUUCUGGGAGAGACGCCGCAUGUCCUCAGCACGACACAUGUCAUGUACAACCAGGAUAUGCCGGCAGACAGGGCAACCUUUCCCUUCGAUGUAUUCGAUGUUGAGGUGGCUUUGCGCGACAAUGAUGUGCAGAUCUGGGUGAUAUACAACGACGACGAGGACGAGGACAUUGACCCCAGAGCCUACAGCAAACACAACAAGGGCGCUUCCAGACUUGGGGACAUGAUUGUGAAGAUGCAGGCUCGCCUGGAGUCGGAAAGGAGGAUCAGCGAUUCGGAGCGGAUCUAUGAUGAGAUCUUGACAACAGAAAAGCUCAACACCGGGGCCAUUCGAGUGGAGAAGGUCUGGGUCAGUCGGGUUCCCAUCCACGUGUUCCGGCACGACGUGCUCUUCACGAUGCAGCAUUACUUGAGACAAUAUCCGUCUUCUGUACAGGACGAUGUUGUGGACGGCCUCGUGAAAGAUCUCCUCGACUACUUCAGGGAAGACAUCAAGGAGAUCCCGGAGCUGCCGGCCCUCAAGAAGGAGUUGCUCAACCGGUCUGACAAGGUUCGGAGGCUCGUUUCUUCCGGGAACCGCAAGCGCCUGGAACUGGUUCAGGAGUCGAUGCUGGCACUGACAGCCGGACCGCAGCUGGCAGCGCUGCCUGGCAAAGUCGAGGAGAAAGUUGAGACCCUGGCACUUUCGAGGCGUGGAACUGGAAGCAAGUUGGCUGCCAAGAUGCGAAGCAAGUCGAACUUGACCGUGGUUUCAGAGGAUGCGAUGGACAUCGACGGCGACCUCGACGAUGAGGAAGAGUCUCUCGUCGACUCUUCGAAGGACUACAGAGAGCAGUGGGCUGCCCUGCAGCCGAUCCGACGGCGGGCUGCUCAAAAAGGCUCCGAGCCCAAUGGUCCCUUGGGCAUCGAAGCUCCGCCGGUGCAGAGGACCGCCUCGUACUGA